AUGUUCUCAAAGAAGAUCUACCAUCACACAGCGAGCCUGGCUAACAAUAGUCUGGGAAAUAAGCCCAGAAUUUAUUUCUCAAACAAUCCAUACAAACCGAAAUGCAAGGAGGCAUCCGGAUUGUACGACUUCACCUCGAAGUACUUUGCACUAUUCAACAAUGGACAAUCGCCCUCGAACCGGCAGCUAUCGGAUAUCUUUAUUAGUAAUGCUAAUGCUGCUCACAACUUCUCGUAUGGGAUUUGUGACAAAGUUGCCAAAUUACUAUCUGAAGCGGAGCCUAAUGCAUACGAAGGCAAGAGGGGCCUAGAAGACCACUUCUACGUGAGGAGACAACUGCUCCAUUUCGACGUCAAUCUCACACAGCAUCUGAAAAGUGGCCUCUGGCUAGCGAUGUACUGGUCGAGCGUACAUCCUGAGGUCUAUAUCCUAGAGAAAGACUCUGUCAUUGCUCAGGAGCUAACCGGGCCCGGGCUCUGCGCGCUGGAUCGAACAAUCAUAGCGGCAGACAAGAAGGUUGCGCUUCAGCAGGGCCACGAUGCGGUUAUAAAUAAGAUCAUGGCAGAACAGAAGGUUCCCACAGCUCAACUAUCUGUGUAUAUCGGUGGUAACAUGGUGGAUCUUGCCCAGUUCGGAUACAGAGAGUUCUCGGAUGGGAGAAUUUUAGUCACAGUUCAGGCCAUCACGCUGCCGGGAAACCACAGCUUAAGUGGACAGGCUACUCAUUGUCUCCAAAUCAAUCGAGCGAAUCCUGAAAUAGUGACUUACGUGGUGUAUGGAACUGGUGACGGUCAUUGGCUCGCUGACAAACGAAACGGGCCCAUCAGUAACGUCUUGUGGCAAUGUAAUGGCGAGACAUUGGUUGAGAUGAGUAAAGUCAUGAUAAAAAAAAAAUGA